CACAAGCCGCGCAUGCGCUGAUUGGUGAUCCAGUUUCUUAAAACAGCUUUGAGGAGAGGAUGGCGCGUGUGUGAACGCAGUUAUGUCUAGUGACGGGGACUACGCGCGGCGCAGGCGGUACACGCACGACACCUUUGACUUCCCACGUGAAUUUGAACACCGUGCUGAUCCACACCAUCGGAGAGGAUCACUCUGUGACCGACAUUGUGCCGCAAAUAUUCAGACUGAUCUGAUAGACACUCAUUCUGGAUCUCAUCAACAUAGUCUGCUUACGCCAAGACUAUUGUCAGGAGCAGCCUCAACCCCAUCCUGUUGUCCUCAUCAUUCAGAAGAGAUCCAGCCAUGUAAUAUAUGUCAUAUUAAAACCACCAUAACUGCUGAGAAUGAGGUGGAAGCUCUUAAACUUUCUAACAACUACAAGUUUGGUUUCAAAAAAUGGAAAAGUCAUGUAACAGAGAGACCAUGGGAGGAUCGGUCUGAUAUUGUGAAAGAACUCUACUCUGAACUAAAUUUAGUGAAAACAUCAGUUGACUCCACUUUAACAUUUGGCAACCUUCUUUAUCUGCUCUUGUUUGGAUGGUGGAUUAGCCUGUUUUAUCUUCUAAUUUCAAUUGUGAUGUUUAUCACAAUUCUGGGAUAUCCUUAUGGUGUACUAUGUUGGAGGCUUGCAGGGUACUUUGUUUGGCCAUUUGGAAAAGUUAUUUUGAAGAGCGGUAUACCACACAAUAGGAAAUGUUAUGUGAGGUUCUCAAAGAUUGAGGUCAUACCAGAAGUUGAUGAGUUUGAGAAGACUCCACUUAUACAAAAAUGUGAGAGACAACCUCAAGGCCCUGAGGUCAACUACUGGUGGCGUGUCAGCACUUACAUUUGGCUCCUUGGGGGAUAUCCUGUGCUUGCGGUAGUCCAUGGACUUGCUUGUUUUAUCUCCUGGAUCUUGGUCUUUUUUAUCCCAGUGUCCAAAAUGAAUGGCAGGAUUUUAUACAGUGUGCUUUUAAUGCCUCCAGAGCAUGUUCACAUCCGCCGGGAAAGCAAGGUGGAUGACUCCUAUAAUGCAGAUGUUAUUCUCUGCUGCUAUUAUGCUGUUAAUCUCUAUUACUACAAGUACUCUGUGGAUGGACUCAAUGUGUUUGCCGUUAAUCUAAUGGUAUUGGUGAUUGUGUCGCUGGUUGUUGGGUAUGUGGACAGUCACAACCAGUUCACAAGCUCCCUUGUGAAAUUCACUCUUUCUUUACUCUCCAUCAUGCCGCUGUCCUACUACAUUGGAAUGGCUAUAGCAAGUAUCUCAGCUCAGAGUAACUUUGCAUUGGGAGCAGUGGUGAAUGCUACAUUCGGCUCAAUUAUUGAACUGACCUUCUACAUCACUGCACUGAUAAAGGGGGCGAGGGAGGAUGACAAGUGCUAUGAGGAAGUGGUGAAGUCUGCCCUGACUGGCACAUUGCUUGGGUGUGUCCUCUUCGUUCCUGGGCUGUGCAUGGUGAUUGGAGGAAUAAAGCAUCGAGAACAAAGAUUUAAUAGCCGCUCAGCUGGUGUGGGCUCUGCCCUCCUCUUCAUUUCUGUUGGAGGUGUGUUUGCACCCACUCUCUUCUCCAAAGUAUAUGGGAAAAUGAUAUGUGGAGACUGUAUGGCUUUUGGACAAAAUGAAACCAAGUAUAUCUGCCAGAAUUGCCAUCUUGAAUUGAUUGGACGAAAUGGCACAGUCUUCUAUAAUGAAAUUAAGCCUUUGGUAUACACGGUGUCCAUUCUUUUGCCUGCUGCGUAUGUCAUAGGACUCAUUUUCACCCUGAAGACUCAUUCCCAUAUUUAUGAUAUUCACAUCAGUGACUGUCAUGUGCCUGGACAUCAUCACAGCCCUGUGGUCCACUGGUCCCGAUGGAGGGCAGUGGUCAUUCUUAUUGGUUCUACACUAUUAAUGUCUGCUUGUGCUGAUCUUGCUACUGAGCAUAUCAGCCCUAUACUGAAAGGAACAACAGUGUCUCAGUACUUUAUUGGAGUCACUGUCCUAGCAAUGAUCCCAGAACUUCCAGAAAUUGUGAAUGGAAUACAGUUUGCACUUCUCAAUAACCUAAGUUUAAGCAUAGAAAUUGGGAGCUGCAUUGCAGUACAGGUGUGCAUGCUACAGAUUCCUAUUCUGGUCCUUUUCUCUGUUUUCUAUCCAUCAGGGUUCACGUUGGUAUUUAGUGAUCUGCACCUCUGGGCCAGUAUGUUUAGUGUGAUCCUCAUGAACUACAUCUUUAUGGAUGGGAAAUGUGACUAUUUUCAAGGAACUGUCCUGGUAAUGGUAUACUUAAUACUGCUUGCCAUGUAUUUCUUUGCACCAUCUCCAGCUGGUUGCUGACCGAUAAUUAUGAAAGACUUGUCAUCACUCGAAGGAAGGACAUAUCUUGCAAUCUAUCAAGGCAGACUGACUUAUAAUGGAAUGGGAAGAGGCAUUUAGUUCUUGUGCAUGGGGUUGUCAAUCUGUUUUCUAUACUAUACAUACCAUACUGUUUAUGAGGGAUACCAUAGCAGAUGGUGAAAAUACAGGGAAAUUAUAAAAAAAAAGUGAUGCAAACUUAGACUCGGUAUUGAUAACUGAGAAAACAUCCCACAAAUGUACUAACAUAAAUAGACCCACUGUCAAAGUUUUAUCCAUACACCACAAAGUAAUUUACUACAUUGCUGACACAGCAGAUGUCUGGGGAAUAGUCCAGUUCUGUCCAGACACGUGUCAACAUAUGCUUGUAUUUGGACUCUACUCUUGCAGUGAUGUGUUGUCUCAGGUUGCUGUGGGUGGGUGGGUG